AUAUUCCUAAACGUUGCUAAGCUACAGAAACUAUUAAGUCAAUAAACACAAAUCUGACAUUUUACUGGAAUACGUCCACGAUGUCUUUGAAAGAUAUAGAAGUGCACGAUGAGGAAUUCAACAAUUUUAUGAUGAAAGUCACUGAAGUCCAAAAAAUAGUCCAGAAGCUGGCCUCGACAGAUGAAAAUGAACAAGCAAUUGGUAACGCAGAAGCUAAGAAAUACCUUGGUGAAAACGAGGAAAAAGAGGAAAUUAUUGACGUGGACAACUUAAAAUUGAAAGUGAAAUGUGAUAGAACUCUUAUCAACAAAAAAGCAUUCGAAGAAAUGUCUUCAAAUGAUCAAUCAACAAUGUCACAAGGAGUAUUCAUGAAAGAAGUAGAAAAGGAUGCUGAUAGAAGAUACCAAGAUAGAAAGAUAAGGCAAGAAAAAAUGGAAACUUUGAAGAAACAGGCUACCCUAGCUUUUAAUAGAGAAGAUUUUGUGAAGGCCCUCUCUUGUUACAACAAGGCUUUAGACCUGGUGAAGGAUAAUCACAACUUAUUUCUAAACAGAGGUUUCACCUACAUAAAACUGAAACUAUAUGAAAAAGCUCUUUCAGACAUUGAUAGAGCACUGUAUUUAAAUGAGAAUUCGUUGAAAGGAUAUUUACUGAAAGCUAAAAUAUUCUUUUUAACCAACAAUAAGACUGACAUGGAUAGAGUAUUACAAGAAGCAAAAGAGAGACAUCCCAAAAAAGUAGAUUUUAUUGACGGUUAUUUACAAGAUAUCAAUGAACAAUGAGAGAUUUCGUUCUGUGUACGAAAUAAUUAAGCGAAUACCUAUAAAUUUUGACAUGAAGCAUACUUUAUUAUUAUUCUUCAUUCAAUUCACA